AGCUCCACAGUUCAUCUCACACCUGUCUGUAGACGGCUGAAGGAAAGUUCCAUUCUCAUUCUCUCUUACCCUUUUUGGAUUUUGGUUAAUAUUGAACGUGGGACUAAUUUAUGUUUUUAGACAAAACUGAGCUGAUACUAUAGGUCUACAUUUAUAUUUCUCCGCUGUGAGAUCGAGAAGUUAAACGGCGCUGAAACGCAACUUGUCAGCACAGCAGUGAACGGACAGCGCGCACUGAAGCGAUGGAACCGUCCGUGAUCCCCGGUCCCGAAAUGUCCGACCUUUACUCCAUUAACCCGUUUAAUGUCACUUUUCCUGACGAGGUGAUGGGGUUCGUUCCCGACGGGAGCAACUAUACCGAGCCCAACCCGCUAAAGAGCCCAGCGGGGAUCAUCAUUGCCAUUUCCAUAACGGCUCUAUACUCUGUCAUCUGCGUGGUGGGACUCCUGGGAAAUAUCCUGGUGAUGUAUGGGGUGGUCAGUAGAUACACCAAGCUGAAAACUGCCACCAACAUCUACAUCUUCAAUUUGGCUCUGGCAGAUGCCCUGGCCACCAGUACCCUUCCAUUUCAGAGUGCAAAGUACCUUAUGAACACCUGGCCAUUUGGUGAGUUUCUGUGUAAGGUGGUCAUAGCCAUUGACUACUAUAACAUGUUCACCAGUAUCUUCACCCUUACAAUGAUGAGUGUGGACCGUUACAUCGCAGUGUGCCACCCUGUAAGGGCACUGGAGUUUCGGACCCCGAUCAAGGCAAAAAUCAUCAACGUGUGCAUUUGGAUUCUCUCCUCUGCUGUUGGAGUGCCAAUCAUGAUCAUGGCGGUUACCAAAGUGACAAACCAAGGUACAACUGCCUGCAUGCUGAAAUUCCCUGAUCCCGACUGGUACUGGGACACAGUGACAAAGAUCUGUGUGUUCAUCUUUGCAUUUGUGGUGCCGGUGCUAGUCAUCACAGUUUGCUAUGGUCUGAUGAUCCUACGCUUAAAGAGUGUCCGUCUUCUCUCAGGCUCAAAAGAGAAGGACAGGAACAUGCGUCGGAUCACUCGAAUGGUCUUGGUAGUGGUGGCCGCCUUCAUCAUCUGCUGGACGCCCAUUCACAUCUUCAUCAUUGUCAAAACACUUGUAGACAUCAACCAAAAGAACCCCUUUGUGAUUGCCAGCUGGCACCUGUGCAUCGCACUUGGCUAUACCAACAGCAGCCUCAAUCCAGUCCUCUAUGCUUUCUUGGAUGAGAACUUCAAGAGAUGCUUCAGAGACUUCUGCACACCGUUCCGAACCAGAGCUGACCAGACUGCUCUCAACCGAGCCAGGAAUGCCACAAGGGAGCCAGUUUCUGUUUGUGCUCCUUCAGACCCAGGGAAGAAGCCGGUAUGACUAGGCUUGGAGAAGAUCCCACGAGGGUCCCAGUCCAGAAGAGUUCAGCAGGACCUACAGUCUGAAGUCACCCAAAUCUCCACCACUGAAUUCUAACAGAAUGGAAGAGCCAUUUCCAACACCUGGAAAAGUAUACUAUACUAUAUACUAUACUAUAUUAAGUGAUGUACUUUAUUACUUUAGAAGGUAACCAGGGAGGUAUGAAGCUACUCUUCCACACCGUUUAUUAUUUACAUUGGAUUGUGGACUGGCCCCCAAUAUUUUGUUGGAAGAUGACCUUAAACAACCUUAAACACAAUGCUGAGGCCAGUAUUCCCCUAUGAGGCCAAUGUUCUUCGACAAUACAUCAAAACAGGACAAAUUAUCUCACUUUCAGGGUCUGGUGGACUUUAAGGGUCUGAAAUCCUACUGGCACUAAGAAAAUAACUUUUAUGCUAAUGAAGGACCAUGCAUUGAAAUGGAGUCUGUAAACAAUGUUUCAGUCGAUUCCCAGUCAGUGAAAAUAAGCACAGAUACAUCUCAAAAUCAAAUCUGGCACAGGAUAUAAAAGCAAAUAGUGGAGACUGGGUCCAGUUGAUAGACACUCCUGCUGAAAUGGAAAAGUAUUUUCAGAAGUUGAUUAUAUAUUUAAUUUCCUCUAUCUCUAAGAUAUUUUGGAGGCAGAGGACUAGCCUUGGGAAAUAAAGUAAAAAAUACAAAAAAAACUGGAAAAGAUGUCGAAACUUUACAGCCCGCCAUAAUUCUCUAUGAACCCCCAGUGGCUGUAACUGUGGGGAAUGAUGGGCAAAUAUGUCUUGACCCAGAACAGACUUCUGUCAGAAUGGUGUAAGGUGGAGAAAGGUGGUGUGUUGUGACAUGCAGACCAAAGAGUAAAUGACAGUUUGUCUGAACGUAAUUUCAGUGAUAUGGACGCAUAAUUAAUGGAUAAAAGCACUAUGGAUUAUAUUGCUGAGGACAAGGUCAUGAUAACAAGCUCUGCGUAAAUUGUGGCCUCCUUCCAAACCUAAUCCAUCCUCCAUUGCUAUAUUCAAUUAACAAAUUUUAAGACAAACUGACACUCAUUUUUUAAAUGAUCCAUCCCUCCUUUCGUCACUAUUUACAGUGAGGAGGGGUGCAUGAAAAACUGCUACAAAUUGCAAAGUUUCCUGGACAUUCUAAAAUAUAACAAAGGUGAACCCAACUGAAGAAACAGUGGAAAAUUAGUAUUUCUAUUUAGAGUGUUAAAAUAAAUUGCCAUGAUCUGGGCAAGAAUCCAUUUAAUGACAUUUCAUUAAAAGUCAUCUCACAAACUGCAUUAGAUUGGCUUGGCUAUACCUUUAAUUGAAAUUGUAGGUGUUCGUUAAGCAAGGUUAAAACUGACCAAUACUUUUUGUUGUUGUUGUUGUUGUUAUGGCACACUGAGCAACAGUUCAAAAACCUAAUGAGCUGCCUUCAUAAGGAUCAUUUUAAAGCAUCAUAGGCUUGAUCUCGACGUGGUACAUUGUUGAAGUGCGAGUUAAUUAUCAAUUUACUUACAGUUCAUUCACUACUAAGAAGUAUUUUAAAAAUAGUAAAAAUGUACUAUUUUACCAAUUAUUUGUGUGCUAUGUAUAUUAAUGUUUAGUAACGUAUUGCAUUGUUAGCUUAGCAACAUGCUACCAUCAAACUCUAUUGAAAUCUCAUGUGUGCUUUACGUGAGGAGCGCUACUUGUAUGAUGCACAAGUUGCUGCCUAUAUGGAGGGAUCCAAAUUGGUGUGUCAUUAAGUUCCAUUUUACUUAGAUUGCUGCCUCAGAAAACUACUCUCCAUGUUAGGAGCAAGGCAGCUCACUAGGUUUUUGAACAGAGCCAUAUGUUGAGUGUAUGACUUUUGGAGUAUUAGGAGUUUUAGUGGAACAUGCAUACAAAACAUGGAUCCAACAAUUAUUUCUAAAUGUCUUGAAUUUGUCCUGUAAAAAAAACUUAAUGAGUCAUGUAAUAUACGAGUCGCUGCUUAUGUUCUAGCUUUGAUAUUCCUUUAGAAUCAGCUGGUGCAAAUUAUAUGAAUGUGCUUUUACAGAUCUGCCAAGUAAAAAGUGUAGCAAGAGAUGAAUGUGUGUAUAGAUAGCUGUUUUCUAUUUUAUUUAUUUUUAUUUGGAACCUUUCAUUGUGGUUGGCAGCUCCAUUUAUGUUCAUUUCCAUUCAAAAUUUACCAUUUCAAGAGAUGGCUGCUCAUUUCUUUGGAAAUUGAAAUACCCUGUAAAUGCUUGGGAAAUUUUCAUUGCUCUUUAUCUGCUGAGUUGGCUAAAUGGAAAUUCUUUGAUCUUAACCCAAAAUACUGUAACAUACUAGAUUAAUCACUGUUGGUAUUUUCUAUUUUACACACUGAGUCACUUGUUUUAAUACUGAGAAUUGUACUGAGCUGUAAUUUUGUUCAUGCAAAGUGAUUUUGGUGAAAUCGUGUUUGUGUUGCAUUUUGAAGAAUGAAAGACAAAAAGAGUUUUCAUACAGUCUACUAUGAACUGUAGAGGACAGGAAAAGUCUGGAAUAUCAGCAAAUAUAUGAUCUGGGGCCAUAUGUAUAAAGCCACUUAGAGCAAAAUUUUAGUCUAAAGUUUUUCAAAAUUCUAAGAAUGAUAUUAUUUUACUCUUAUUCCUAGACUUAAGAUUAAGUGUCAUUCAAAAAGGUUCAUAAUUGUUAAGAUUUGGUCUCAGCUGCUAAAUUAUUUAAGAGUGAGAGGUAUCCUAACCUCAUUAGGAGUAGCAUGAUGACAAAGGAAGACUGUGUUGAACUUAUAUAAUAGUGAACUUAGGGCAAAUGUGAUUUGUAGUUGAGCGAACAAGUGAAAUCCAUCAACAUCAUUUUUUUUAUUGCAUCACAGUUGAAAUGUUUUUAUUUAUUUAUUAUUAUUUAAUAAAUAAAUGCAUUAUAUCAGCAACAUUAAGCAUUUGAAAAAAUUGAUGGUUACAUUUACCUGGGGAAGUGAUGGCACCAGGAUCAAUCGGAUUGAGAUCUGGGGAAUUUGGAGGUCAGGGCAACACCUUGAACUCUUAUCAUGUUCCUCAAACCAUUCCCAAACAAUGUGUGCAGUGUGGCAGGGAACAUUAUCCUGCUGAAAGAGGCCACUGCUAUCAGGGUAUACCAUUGUAUCAGAACAUUGCCCAGAGCAUCACACUCCCACAGUGCAUCCCGGUGCCAUCACUUCUCCAGGUAAAUGGUGCACACGUGCACGGCCGUCCACUUGAUGUAAAAGAAAACAUGAUUCAUCGGACCAGGCGACCUUCCACUGCUCCAAGGUCCAGUUCUGACCCAUUGUAGGUGUUUUUGACAGUGGACAAGGGUCAUCAUGGGCACUCUGACCGGUCUGCAGCUACGCAGCCCCAUACGCAGCAGGGUGUGAUGCACUGUGUGUCAUGACACAUUCCUACCGUAACCAUCAUUAAAAAGUUUUUGUGACUUGUGCCACAGUAGACCUUCUGUCAGUUCACAAGCUUUGCCAUUUCAGAGACGCUCUGACCCAGUCGUCUGGGUCAACAAUUUGGCCCUUGUCAAAGUCGCUCAGGUCUUUACUCCUGCAUUCAUCACGUUGACUACAAGAAUGGAUUGUUCGCUUAACAUCUAAUCUACCCAGACCUUGACAUGUGGCCUUGUUAGGAGAUGAUCAACAUUAUUCACUUCACCUGUGAGUGGUCAUUAUGUUUUGGCUCAUCAGUGUAUAUUGCAACAUUUAUUGAUUGAUUGAUUGAUUUGCACACUAUGCAUAGUGUACACUUAUAUAUUUAUACUUUGUAGCCUUCAUUUUGCACAUUGUUUGGAGGAAAUUGGGCUAGUUGUGAUUUUUGUUGUUUAUUUAUUUAUU